GCUCCACGCGAGACGCACGCUGGCGUCUCGUCGUAACCUGAAACUUUUCAGUAUAUCGAUGUACUCCUAUUAAAAAAUAAAGUGGAGGAACUUUUGUAUCGUGGUUUAAUUUAGUUUUAAUUAAAUGGAAUCGUUUGAAGUGAUACCAGAAUGAUGGAGUGGUGAGCUCGCAGACGGCAUGGCGGGCAUGCCCUUGUUGGGCAACAGCGUGGGCGCGGGCGAACUACGAGAAGAUGCAAGUAACAGAUCCUCUAGUAGUGGCUCGCGCCGCGGCUCGUCUCCUCCCAAAGGGCAGGAAGUGGAUGUGAGUGAUCACAGACCAGAUCUAUCGACCUCACUCCCGUCCCGGCGGCCCACCAGCUACGAAAGGGAAUACAAAGUCCCUACUGUGGCAUCACUAAGUGGCGCAAAUGUGGUGACACACACGGCCCCAUCUUACGAGGAGCAGCGAGCGAGUCCCGCGCUUUUGUGUAGAAAUACUGGAGGAACCCCUGGAGGACGAAGCGUAAGAGAUGACGGCUACUGCUCUGCUGGGAGUACGCCUCGGGCGUUUGAGCACAAAUCUACGAAAGGUUCUGUCGUCACUCUGUCAUGUUAUAAAAAGGAGCCUAAAGUCCAAAUCGAGGAAGAAGUGUACUUUAGUGAAUCUUCUAAGCGUGUUAGAGGAAAUAGUGUUGCGAAAACUGAAAUAAAUGACGGGCGAGAAACUUGGGGCACUGGGGCGGACUUUCUUCUUUCGAUAAUCGGUUUUGCUGUGGACCUGGCUAAUGUGUGGCGAUUUCCUUAUUUAUGCUACAGGAAUGGAGGCGGCGCAUUCCUGAUUCCCUAUAUGCUAAUGCUGAUCUUCGGUGCGGUGCCACUCUUCUACAUGGAGUUGAUCCUCGGGCAAUACAAUCGACAAGGACCGGUUACGAUAUGGAAGAUCUGUCCUCUUUUCAAAGGUGUAGGUUUCUGUGCUGUGAUGGUGGCGUUUUAUGUAUCUUUUUACUACAAUGUUAUUAUUGGGUGGGCAUUAUACUUCCUCGUAUCAUCAGCUCGAUCGGAACUACCGUGGCUGCACUGUGACAAUUCAUGGAACACCGAACAAUGUUGGGACGCGGCGAGACUGAACGCAACGAAUCGAACUGACAUCCCGUACCAAGGACCUCUCUCGCACUUCACCCCGGCUUCAGAAUUCUUUCAUCGGGCGGUACUUGAGAUGCAGUACUCUGAAGGACUCAAUGACUUAGGCUUACCGAAAUGGCAACUCGCACUAUGCCUUGGCGUGGUCUACCUAACUCUCUAUUUGUCUCUCUUCAAAGGAGUCAAAAGUUCUGGGAAAGUAGUGUGGCUGACUGCUACAAUGCCAUACGUAGUGCUGUCGAUUCUUCUUGCGAGAGGACUUUUAUUACCAGGCGCUACCCGCGGCAUUGCUUAUUACUUGCAUCCGGAAUUAAGUAGGCUAAAGGAUACACAGGUUUGGGUUGACGCUGCAGUUCAAAUAUUUUACUCAGUUGGAGCCGGUUUUGGAGUACAUCUUUCAUACGCGAGCUAUAACACGUUUCAUAAUAAUUGUUACAGGGAUUGCUUGGUGACAACCCUGGUGAAUUGCUUCACUUCCUUCUUCUCCGGAUUUGUUAUCUUCACGUAUUUGGGCUUCAUGUCACACAAGCAAGGUGUGCCUAUAUCCUCUGUUGCUACGGAAGGACCAGGCCUAGUGUUCCAAGUAUAUCCUGAAGCGGUUGCGACUCUACCUGGAGCCAGUUUAUGGGCGAUGCUGUUCUUUUUCAUGCUCAUCAUGUUGGGUUUAGACUCCGGGAUGGGUGGUCUGGAAUGUGUGAUCACUGGUCUGUUGGACCAGGCACGUGCAAGCGGCGCGCAUUGGUUGCGUCGCGAGCAUUUCACCUUACUCGUCGUGUGCGUUUCCUUCUGCGUCGCCUGCAUCAAUAUUACUCCUGGUGGGAUCUACAUGUUCCAUUUACUAGAUACAUACGCUGCUGGUAUAUCGUUGCUGUGCUCAGCACUCUUCGAGGCGGUGGCGGUGUCUUGGUUUUAUGGACUGAAAAGAUUUUCCGAUGACGUAGAGGAAAUGCUCGGCUUCAGACCCGGUCUUUAUUGGCGGAUAUGCUGGAAGUUUGUCAGUCCAGUUUUCAUUAUUGGUGUCGUGGUAUUCGGCCUUCUGUACCAGCAGCCUUUGCAAUACCAGCACUACACCUACCCGCAGUGGGCGGUUGUACUCGGCUGGGGGCUGGCCUGCUCCUCCAUUCUGAUGAUCCCCAUCGUGGCUAUUUAUAAAAUCGUCUCCACACCUGGCACUUGUCGACAGCGUUUAGCGUGCUGCAUCUCUCCAGAAUCAGAACAUGAAGCGAUCCGCGGUGGAGCUCCUGUUAGUCGAUUCACUUGGAAACAUUGGCUCUACGUUGUGACUAUGUCUGAACGUGAGAGUAUGGGGGUAAUGCCCCCUAUUCCAGUAGGCAGCGGGCCACAGGACCCUCGCUCGCAGCUGCUGCAAGAGAUGAGAGACCAGAACUAUGACCUGAUCCGAUUUGCAUCUUAUAGAACUGCAUGCAAACUACGAUUUGUGCAAAAAAAGUGCAAUUUACAUGCAAUAGACAUAUGGAAUGUCAUAGAAGCAUUCAGAGAAAAUGCUCUAAACACAUUGGAGCCGACAGCCUGUGUAAAUGUCACGAGAUUAGAGACACUGGUGUCUUCUCUAUACCACAAUCUCAAUAAGAGGUUGCCACCAGCCAACCAGGUUUCUGUUGAGGCCUGUUCUGCACUACUUUUGAAUUGGUUGCUGUCUGCAUAUAGCACAGGAGAAAAUGUUGGCAAAAUCAGAGUCUUCUCAAUAAAAGUUGCAUUGGCUACCAUGUGUGCGGGUAAACUAAUGGACAAACUCAGAUAUAUUUUCUCCCAACUUUCCGAUGGCAAUGGUCACUUGCUAAUGAAAAGGCUGUCAGACUAUUUAAGGGAGGUCUUAGCCUUGCCUGCAGCUGUCUAUGAGUCACCUUCCUUUAGCUACAAUGACAACUUGGCAAUCUCUAUAUUUAAUCAGAAUGUCAAGAUUACAGUGAAUGACUUCCUAGAUACACUAAUGUCAGACCCCGGCCCUCCUUGCCUAGUGUGGCUGCCACUUUUACACCGACUGGCUAGUGUUGAGAACGUGGUCCACCCGUUGGCGUGCAGCGUUUGCAGGCGCGGAUCUCUAACGGGGUUCCGGUACCGAUGCACGCGAUGUGCGGGCUAUACUCUGUGCCAGGAUUGCUUCUGGCGCGGCCACGUCACUCCACCUCAUACAAAUGACCACGAAGUUAAGGAGUAUGCUACAUACAAAUCGCCGUCGAAACAGAUCGGUGCGACGCUGCGUAAGUCGUUCCGCUGCGUGCCGGAGCGCGCGCGCCCGCAGCUGCCGCGCUACCCCGACCAGCCCGAGCGGACCCUCAACCUUAGCCAUAUUGUGCCUCCUUCCCCUGUGCCAGUACAUAACGGGUUCCCGGAGUAUGUGGGUGGAUACGUCAACACUGGCUCGCUCGACAGCCGGUCGUCGAGAUCUACGCACCGCAGUAUAGCGGAGCACCUGUCGCGCGGCGUGGACGACGAGCACCGGCUCAUAGCGCGCUACGCGGCGCGCCUCGCGCACGAGAACCGCACUAUGCCUCGAGCUGGAAGAUCUGCGUCUCUUACACCAGAAUUGGGCCGUUCAUCGUCCGAGGGUUCAGAAGUGGACGCGGCGAGGCAGCAGCGCGAACUCAUAUCUCAGCUCGAGGCCAAAAACAGGGAAAUUAUGAGAGAGAUCGCGCGUUUGAGGCAGCAAGAAGCCGAGGCGGUAGGCGGAGGCAGUUGUCCCGGUUCCGCGCCUCCCUUAGUAUCCGAGCUUCGCGCGCUGCGACAACGCAAGGACGAGCUAGAGGGCCACCUAUCCUCGCUGCAGGAGUCCAGGAAGCAUCUCAUGCACCAGCUCGAAGGCCUUAUGAGGAUGUUGAAGACUCAACAAUCCAGUCCAAGAUCAACUCCGAACUCGUCACCGCGAUCGACAAAAAGUCCGCCGCUACCGGGAUCGCAACCACAGCCUUCGGCCCCGGAAAGAGAACCAGCGCCUCGUGGGACGGUUCGCAGUGCGCCGCAAACACCGUCUUUGGGAGAACGGGAACGCAUCGACAUGACGCAUAGUCUGGGAGCAAUGGAAUCUAUGGGCGGUGACGCGAGAAGUUUCCAUCAAAAUCAAAGACCUACGACAAUGGGCAUAGACAACCGGAACCUACGCAGUGACUUGUUAUACGCCGCGGAUUCUGUUACGAACGCGAUGUCCACUCUAGUCAGAGAGCUAAACUCCGAGGGUUCAGACACUGAGGAUACGGUAAAAGGCGGUUUGGAGGCCAGGAAAAGACGAGAUUUCGAAGAGGAUGAAGAUAGUGACGAACCGAUGCCGCGACCGCAGUUGCCUCGCCACUAUCUGCACGACAACAACGUUCAGGAUACUCCACCACCGCUACCUGCGCGUACGGGACACUAUUUCCCGCGUACAUAGCUCUAAACAAUAUUUAUAUAUUAUGUACUAAUAUGUUACUAUAUACCAUACUGUCAUACUGUAUUAAUAUACGCUAGACUCUAUUGAACUUCAAUAUUAUGGGGUUUAGGUUUAAUUUUUGUUGGGACAUGAUAUAAUAUUAUGUAUUUCAACUCACCCCGUCUUGUUUUCAGUUAGUAUUAAUGUUCCACCCUCAAUUAAUUGGCUUUAUUCAUGCUUUAGAGUUACUCAUAGAAAUUGCGGACUAAGACAGAUCACAGAUAUUUUCCGUAUCAUCAACAAAAGUAUGCUAGUUUAAUACAAUAUAAGUAGUCAGAAAUGAAUGGACAGACUGAUAUUAAUGGAUAUAGUGAAAAAUAGUACAUCGUCACUUAGGUAAUAUCCCCUAAAAAAGCUAAUGUGACGUACAGUACGCGGCAGUAAAUAUGUCAGUCAGAUGUAAUGUUAUGUUUUGUCGUUGACUUGUCAGUUCAAUGAGAAAGACGACGCUAUACGAAGCCGAUGCUGCCGAUUAUCUCUUUCUAAUGCUCGAUGUGUAAUAUAUACUGUCGGGUACUGUACCUAUAAAGGGUAAAAUUAUAUUGCGUCGCUAUCUUACUAAGGCGACGGUUCUGUAAAUUAACCACUACAUUGACCAUAAAAUUACGAUUUUUUUUUACUAAACUCUCAAAAAAUAUAAAAAUACAUUUGAUAGAGGCAAGAAUGAGCGAAAAUCUUUGGCAAGAAUGUGUAGAGAUGGCGCCAUUUUAAUUUUUAAUCUCUUUAGUAGUUAAGGAAGUUAUAAUUUUUAUAUGAAUUGUCAAAUUAGGAAAAAAUAGUUUAGAUUUUAAAGUCGGAUUGUAUAAAAAGGAGAUACUGAAAUAGACGGUCAUCGGAAGAUCAAUCUGGAAUCGAAUGGAAUUAAAAAGUAAGUUGAAUAUAUUUAUGAGACAAAGAUAAAGACGUUAAAUUUUAAAUUUUUGCAUAAUAUUUAUAGCUUUAUGUAGGUACCUAGUCUCCUUUUAAUUUCCAACGAAAGAAUACCAUAUCGCUCUAUCCCUUUCUUACCUUUUCUGUCUUCCAUUAGUCAAUUCCUUCCAAAAUGUACAAAAAUGUCAAUUGCUACUUCCUUACCCAUAUCUCCUGUGUCUAUUUUAUUUAUAAAAUAACUUUUAAUCUCUUAAAACUAUGAUUUUUUUUCUAUUUUAAUUUGGAAUUAUUUUAUUCAAUCUUAAUCCUUCCAUUUUAAUCCAUCAAAAAAUGGUGUAAUUUUAUUUCUAAAAAUAUACCUACCUAAAAAUAAAUAAUUCCUAUUUUUCACCACUAAUAAAGUCCCUGACUAACAGAUUAAUUGAUAUUAAAGACUGAUUUUUAUUUCAACCACUGAGUUGUGAAAAUACCAAAAUUUUAUUCCAACCAAAUUGUUUAGUUUAAAAAAGUGUUUGUAAUGUACUGUGGCAGCUAUUUGAAACAGCUAAUUAAUUAUAAUUAGGUCCUUAUGAAUUGGAAAGUGACUCCUGUUAUAAUAAUACCUACAAAAAAUUUCGAUAAAUCAAGCCAUCCUUUUUAGCAGGGAUGUAAAAAUUGUGAUGGUAUAUUUUUUUAUCAUUUUGAGUACGAUAAAUUCUUGUAUACUGAUUUGUUAUAUAAUAAUAAUCAAUCGUAAAACCAUGAAUGACCAUAAUUGGCAUGAAAAAUUGGCCAAUUGAAUCCAUAGUUUAAUCUGUAUUGCGUUGCGUAGUGUCUUAACGGCUUAGAACAGCAGUAUCAAUAAAUAAAAUUAAAUCGAGGCCACGUGACAAUUCUGUAUUAUAUCAAAAUACAUGAAACAGGUUAAUUUAAUUGCUUAACUGAUAGAUAAAUCAAAAUUAUGAUUAUUAUCUGUCUACUUACUACUUUACGUCCAAGGGCUUUGAUUUUAAGCACAUUUUACAACCGAGACUCAUUGUUUAUAUUAUUUUAUCAUUGUUUUUAUUUCUUUUUUGUUAGUUUGUUGUUUUUAUAUAGUUAAGGUUUGGCACUUUAAUUAAGUCAUAAUUCUUUUAUUACUUAUAAUAAUUAGAAUUGUAUUGUUUUAGAAAUAGCUUCAUAUUUGAAAGAACCUAAUCGCGUGGUUAUGUAUUGCUAUCCUUUACAAAAACAAUAUUUCGGCCCAUGAUUAUGCGAUCUGUUAUAACAGACCUUGGUAUUUUUUACCAAUGUUUAUGUACUUAAAAUAUGUCUUGAAAAUCUGUUUGUAUAUUUUGUAAAAAAAUGUGUUUUCCUCAGAGUAUACGGACUCUAGUUUUAUGUAAAACUAACUCGUUUUUGUGGCGCUGAAUGUAACAAAAAUGCUCUACAUAAAUUCUAUAAGUUAUAUAAAUAUAAAUUUAAAAAAAUGUAUAAAAUGCAAGUUAAAGUACCGUUUGACUGAGACGAUCCAUGUGGUGCGGGUUGUGGGAGGGUGACAGGGAUGUCGAAUUCCUUGAUUUUACGUCAACUGUCACCUUCCCACAAGCCGAGCCGUUUCAGUGAUACAGUCCGACAAGGCUCUUUUGGCACUUGAAUGAGGGCGCUGUUGUAGCUUUAGUUCCAAUUUUGGCCACGCGCCAAAAGAGCCUUGUCGGACUGUAUGAUAGAUGUACGUCUAAUGGUUUUAAACUUUUUUUAAAUUGAAUUGAUAACUGCUCGGAAAAUAUUAAAAAUAUCUCGCAAUUAUAACACUCGCACACCACUUUUGGAUGUUAAAACUGGCGAAGGUUAUUUCGAUCCCUGUACUAGGUAUUCUAUUAGCGUUACUUUGAGGGAUCACCAUAUUAUUUAAAUUAUUCUAUGAAAUUUUAGGCUAGUUUUUGGCAUAUCAGAUUAUUUUUAGUAAUAUAUAAGUGCAAUAUUGGUAUGGAUAGGAUUGUCUUGCCGGAAAUGUGAUGCGAUUUUUUUUACCAUAGAUUAUAAUUUUUAUCUUUUUUUUAAUAGCUAGGCAAUGUUAUGAAAUCAUUUAGAUUCAGCCCAAAGCAUAAUGUUACUAUGGGAUUGUAUCUUAUGACGUGCUAGAUUUAUCAUUUAUGUGAUUAAAAAAAUCUUAAAAAAAAAGUUUAAAAAUUAUAUACUUAAUUCUGAAAUACAAAAUUAUCCACGUAGUUUUUGUUAUUUUUAACUUAAACUUUUUCUGCUAUUUAUUUCGUUUACAUUGUUAAUAUUAUAAUUAUGUACAAAAAUAGUAAAAAAUAUAUUAAUAUGAAUAAAUAUAGCAUGUCAUUUGAAAGUUAUGUCUAGCACCUAAGUCUGUACUUAUUUUAGAAAAUAUAGGUACAUUUUUCCAGUUAAAUCACUAAGCGUUAGAUUUUAUAAAACUACCCCCUCCCACAGAUGAAAAACAUAUUUAACUAUAUCUGACCUAUAUUUGAAAUCCAUAUUAUAAGGUACAUAGUAUUUUAUACCAUAAUAGAUUUCAUAAUAAACGUAGGUUGUAGUAUGUAUGUCUAUUCGUAAGAUAUAAUAUACUUACUAUGAUAGUAGGAAGCACAAAGUAAACACUCUGUUUCUAUAAUGUGUCAUUUAUAUAUACCUACCUACAUAAUAAGAUUUUUUAUGUGUUGUAUACGUUAGGAUCACGUAUGUACAUCAUAAUCAAGUAUUUUAUGCAGUGUUUUUGUAUUUGUGUAAAAAACGCUUCCGACUGAGGCUGGUGAAAGGUGGUCUUGCUUUGUACUUAAAAAAAUUGUAAUUGGUGCUAAUUCAUUAGUACACAAAUCUUUGACUAAGGCCGCGAUAACACCUGUAAGUUUUACUUACGUAAGUAGUUUACGUAAUUAUUUGGCAACCAGUUUACUAAUAUAAAUGUACUUAAGAGUGUUUGUUUACGUUAGUAAAUUUGUCGUAAGUUAUACAUGUAAGCUACUCACGUGAGUAAAACUCACAGAUCUAACCGCAGCCUAAAAUAUGAGUCUAAAAACCCAUUUUCGCAAGAAAUAUUGUAAUAUCACUACUUUUAAGGUGCAAACAAACUGUGCUGUGAUGUCGCAACGGAUAUUGGCACCGAUUUACCGAUUGAAGAAUGCUUCUAGGGUCAGGAUUCCAGAGUGUUGCGGCAGUUUAGUGUGCAAUUCGUAUUACCGUAUUAUAUUGUUUAUACUAGAUGAUGCCCGUGAUUACGUGAUUUUUUUAAAUUCCGUGAAAACUGAUUUUCAGGGAUAAGAAGUAGCAUAUAUCACUGUCCAGGUCUUUACCUAUAAUCUUGCAAAAAAUCACGUAAAUCCAUUGCGGACCAAUGGAUUUACGUGAUUUUUGCAGCGUGAUUGAUAGACAAAUCAGUAAAACACAUUUUACAACAAAAUAAAUGUUUAAUAAUAGGGAUGACACAGGUCGCCUUCUGACAAAUUACACGCCAUGGCACAGCAAUUUGUUUGCACCUUUAUACCUAUCAAUUUAACUAGUUGAGGGAGUACAGCCGAAUGAGCACCUCGGUCUAUACUCUUUAAUGUAAUAUUAUUAUGACGUUCGUCAGGCCUUUUUUUUUGUUGUUUUGUUUUUCCGGCCAAAAAAUCAUUCCUAGCUAAAGAGCGAUUUGUAAGGUUGUGACUUCAACGAAAGGGGUUGAGUAGAGGAUACCACGAGAAAUAUAUUUAUUUAUUUAUUAGUAGUAGAGUAUUGCAAGGCUUCCUGUGCAUGAAGCGGAGUCGCACCAGCGCCGGAACGGUUCAGUGUAAACAAAUAAAAAUAGCAUAUGAGCCGUAUAAUCGCCGCACGGGCCUAGUGCGGUGAAUUCGUGUACACUUUUAUUCGUGGUAGCGGUGUCUGUGGCAGUGGUGGGAUGGUUGAAUUUUAAUUUGUUUACACUAACUUACGGUUGAGACAUGGUCUUACCGAGACAUAGUCGGUAACUAUUGAGCCUCUUAAGAAAGCUUAGAAUCACUCAGCGGGCGAUGGAGAGAGCUAGGUAUGCUUGGAAUUUCUAUACGGGAUCAGAUCAGAAAUGAAGAGAUGCAUUGGAGAACUAUAGUAACUGACAUAGUUCGACGGGUUGCGAAGCUAAACUCUGAAGUGGCAAUGGGCAGGGCAGGGCACAUAGUUCGAAAAACAGAUAGGUAGACGUUGGAGCCCCAAGGUACUAGAAUGGUGACCUCGCCGUCGGAACACCCCCACUAGGUGGCCAGAUGACAUCAAACGAGACGCCGGGAGCCGCUGGAUUAGGGCGGCGCAAGAUUGUGAUGUGUGGAAGUCCUUACAAGCGACCUAUAAGGGGUUAUUAGACGUCUAUGGGUUGAUGAUGAUGAACUUGCGGUGCGGCUCCGAUUUCAUUUACAGGAAGCCUAACACGAGGCUGACAUGUAUAGAAGAUACUUUGACUUCGCUCAGACUUAAGUUUCAGUUGAAACGGACAGAUUUAUGUCAGCGAUAUAACGCUGUCUCGUUUUAACAGUGUCAGUCUGAGAAAAGUCAAAGUCCGCUCUAUAAAUCUCAGCCUGAAUACCUAACAGAGGGCAAAGUGAGACCGUCUUUCUAGACGAGGCUUGUAACCAACAUCUUUGAUAAUGUAAGGACUGUGUCAUUACAAAUAAACAUUCCAUUGCUUGUGAA